CGACAUGUCGGCUUCUGGUUCGACGAUGGAACAGUAGUUCUUCUUGUUGAGAACAUAGCAUUCCGCGUGCACGCGGGGGUGCUCGCCCGACAUUCCCCAAUUUUCCGUGAUAUGUUCCAGGUCUCCAACAGUUCUGAGCUGGAAAGGAUGGACGGCUGCCCGACAGUACGGUUGUACGACUCCCCACAAGACGUUGUCGCAAUACUGACUAUAAUGUAUGAUGGUACAAGGUUCUUUGGCCCGUCCCCCCCAGUGACUUUCUCUUUCGUGGCGUCUUUGAUACGGCUCGCACACAAGUAUGAGAUGGAUACAGUCAUGGGCGCUGCUGUGACGCGGCUUCAUUCCUGUUUUCCAGACAGCAUGGCCGAUGUAGGCCAAUUCCUGGCGAACCGCAGUCCACUCAUGGCGAUGGAGGACGACGACGCGUUUACAGCUGUUGGCCUUGCCCGCUUGACGGAGACGUAUGGCAUCCUUCCCCUAGCGCUGUACCGCUGCUCUCUGUUUGAAAAUGACAUCCUCCUGCGCGGCAUCCGCAAGGUCGACGGUAUAACAGUCCAACUAGGCGAAGAGGACAUCAUACGCUGCCUUAACGGCAGGGAGAAGCUGCGCUCCCUCAAACUUACCGCCUACGCCUGGCUUUACGACGGGACCUUGCGCUGCAGCUUCGCCUGCCGCACCGCACUGCUGUCAUGCCAAGAAAUCCUCAAAGAAAUCUCCCGCGAUGCGCUGACCAGAUCCAUUUUGACCAGCCCGUCCGUGCUGGAGUCCUUGUCGGUGUCCAUGGGAGGGUUCGGUGACCUGUGCACUUUUUGUACUACAAUGCUGGAGACGAAAGACCUGGAGUCGCGACGAGAGAUCUGGCGCGAGCUUCCUGAGUGCAUGGAUGUCAGAGUGGACAAGUGGGGACUUUGA